UUCAGUGCUCAACACAGAACAGAGAACAGAGAUGGGAAAGAAAAACAAAAUGAGGGAAGAUGGUGGCAAAGAACACUGUCCUUCAACUCUCUUUGUUUCCAAUUUGCCCUAUUCGUUUUCCAACUCUCAGCUCGAGGAAACGUUCAGCGAGGUUGGACCUGUCAGGCGUUGCUUCAUGGUCGCACAGAAGGGGUCAGCCCAGCAUCGUGGUUUCGGUUAUGUUCAUUUUGCUGUUGAGGAAGAUGCUAACCGAGCUAUUGAGCUGAAGAAUGGUUCAUCUGUUGGAGGCCGGAAAAUUUCAGUGAAGCAUGCAAUGCCUCGUCCUACCCGUGAAGAAAGACAAUCAAAACCAAAUCAAGCGGGCAAGACAGAUGAUCUCACAGAGUCAAAAAAUAAUGAUAAAGACAGCAGAUUAUCUGAAGAAGAGAAGCCAGUUUCAGUUUUGAAGGAAGAAGAAGUACAAGUAUCAAAUAAACAAAAAAACUCAAGGAAGCCCUUGGAAAUGAGAAAAGCAGCUCUUUGUAAUGAUGUAGCAGAUGAGGGGGGUUGCUCAGAAAAGCAGAGGGUUGCAAGAACUGUUAUAUUUGGUGGUCUUAUGAAUUCUGAUAUGGCUGAAGAUGUUCACCACAAAGCCAGAGAGAUUGGCACUGUGUGUUCCAUUAAGUACCCCCUUUCAAGGAAAGAUCUUGAGCAACAUGGUCUCCUGCAAGAUGGCUGUACUUUGGAUGCUUCAGCUGUACUUUACACAAGUGUAAAAUCAGCUCGAGCUUCUGUUGCAACAUUACAUAAAAAAGAGAUAGGAGGGGGAACUGUUUGGGCCCGCCAACUGGGUGGAGAGGGAUCCAAGACUCAGAAAUGGAAGCUUAUUGUCAGAAAUCUUCCUUUCAAGGCCAGAGAAAAUGAAAUAAGAGAUAUGUUUUCAUCUGCAGGGUAUGUGUGGGAUGUAUUUAUUCCACACAAGUCAGACACAGGAUUGUCUAAGGGUUUUGCAUUUGUAAAAUUCACCUGCAAGCUUGAUGCGGAAAAUGCCAUUCAAAGGCUCAAUGGAUCAAAGUUUGGGAAACGGCUCAUUGCUGUUGACUGGGCUGUUCCAAAAAAGAUAUUUAGUAGUGAUACAAAUGAUGCUCUUGCUUCAGAGAAAGGACAAGAAAAGUUGGGAGAUGAAGAUUGUAAUACUACUGAGGACGAUGUUGAGCAUAUUGUCAAACAAUCUUGUCAAGGAGAUGAUAGUGACAUAGAUAAUUCUAGUGCCAUGGAGGAAGGCGGUGUUCCUUCUGAAGUUAAUUUUGAUAAGGAAGCAGACAUUGCAAGAAAAGUUCUUAAAAGCUUGAUUACAUCCUCUACCAAAGGAACAUCUGUAAUUAAUAAUUCUAUGUUGUCCAAAGAAAACAAGGAGCCAAAAUCCAAUGCAAUUGUUAAGGAUGCAGAUAGUAAAGCAUCUUAUGAGUCUGAAAAGGUGUCAGGUGUAGAGCGUGAAAUUCCCGGCGGAAACAAGUUAUCAAAUCCUAAGCAAGCAGAAGAAGCUGAUUUGCAGAGAACAGUUUUUAUAAGUAAUCUUCCCUUUGAAUGCGAUAAUGAAGAAGUGAAGCAACGAUUUUCUGGAUUUGGGGAAGUAGAAUACUUUGUUCCUGUUCUCCACCAAGUAACCAAGCGACCAAGAGGAACUGGGUUUCUCAAGUUUAAAACCGUAGAAGCAGCUGAUGCUGCAAUUUCAACUGCCAGUGCUUCUUCUGGGUUGGGUAUUUUACUGAAAGGUAGACCAUUAAAAGCUUUAAAGGCGUUGGAUAAGAAAUCAGCUCAUGACAAGGAACUGGAGAAAGCAAAAAAUGAGGUUCAUGACCACCGCAAUCUUUACUUGGCAAAGGAGGGACUCAUUCUUGAGGGAACUCCAGCUGCUGAAGGGGUUUCAGCAAGCGAUAUGUUAAAACGGCAAGAGUUAGAAAGAAAAAAGAAGACAAAGCUGCAAUCUCCAAAUUUUCAUAUUUCAAGAACUAGACUUGUUAUCUACAACUUACCAAAGUCAAUGACUGAAAAAGAACUCAAGAAGCUUUGCAUUGAUGCAGUCAUCUCUAGAGCUACCAAGCAAAACCCUGUAAUUCGGCAGAUAAAGUUUUUGAAAGAUGGAAAGAAUGGAAAGGUUGUUCAAAAACAUUAUUCACGUGGAGUUGCCUUUCUUGAAUUUUCUGAGCAUCAGCAUGCCCUUGUGGCUCUGAGAGUUCUUAACAAUAAUCCUGAAACUUUUGGUCCUGAACAACGGCCAAUCGUGGAGUUUGCUCUUGAUAAUGUUCAAACCCUGAAACUUAGGAAGGCAAAGCUACAUUCUCAGCAGCGGGUUCCUUAUGAUGACAACGAUGCCAAGGAAAAUAACAAACCCGGCUUAGUAGAAGUUCAUGUAAAGGACAGAAAAAGAAAAUACCAAGAUCAUGACAAACCAACAAAGGACCAAGUACUGAAUUCAAAUGGUGAAUUUGGUGCUACAAUGGCAAAGGGAAAAUCCCCUCAAGGAUCCAAAAGACAAAAAGGCAACCAUAAGAGAACAAGCUCUGAAGUGCCAUCACUGAAAGAAAAUCCAGAAGCUUUGUCCAUGAAGUCAAAGAAUAACCAUGAUGGCAAGAAUCAUGGCAGGACAUCACUUGAAGGUCAAAGCACUUCCAUUGACACUAAUAAAAGAAAAUCAGGAAACAAAGAUCAUGUUGGAUUUAGAAAAAGGAAGAUGCAAAACCAAGAAGAACAAGCAGGUCAAAAGGUUUCUCAGAAACGGCCUAAGAAGAAUAAAGAUUCAAUAGGGAAAGACGUAGUAGAUAAGCUUGACAUGCUUAUAGAACAAUAUAGAUCCAAGUUCUCACAGAAGGGUUCCCAAGGGAAUGAUGGAGAGAAGAAACCUUCUAAACAGCUUAGAAAAUGGUUCCAAUCAUAGUUAACUAUUUGUAUGAUAUGAAUUUUGUCACUUAUGUUAGCUUUUUCCUACCUCGGUUAAGUUGAAGCUUUGUAACUUUAGUUGCACAUUGCCAUGGGCUGGCUUUUUUUGUUCUUUGUUUUUUUUUUCUCAAUUAUUCAAAAUUAACAAAACGUUUGACAUUUUCCUCUUAGUUUGCUAUU